UGGGCUGGGCCCCUCCUUGCUGCCGGGGCAGCCGGGCCGGAGGCCCCAGUUCCCCUGCCGCGGCCCCUCAGCUGGGCUGAGCAGCUCCUGCCCCGGGCCGAGCGGCGGGGCCUGCGAGCCUCGGCGGGCACGGGACGGGAGGCGCUGGGGCGCAGCCCCGUAGAGCCUCGUUAAGGGCUUGGCCCCCCCUGCCCAGCCCUCGCUCUCAGGCUGAGCCGCUUUGUCUUUGGACCCUGUAGUACUAGUCAGCCCUGUCUGAGGCGGGAGGGGCUGGUCCCUUCCUCCAUUUCCUAACCAUGCCUUGGGAUGGGUGGUUGCUCUCAAAAGUCCUGAUGGACCAUAACAGACCCCGGGUAGCUCGAUUUCAGACUUCAUGCUGAGGGGCUAACGGGAAUUGAUCCCUGAACAUUACAUUGGAAACCAUCUGACCUGUCUGCAUUGGGCUCCUGACAAAAAGACAUGGCUGUCACACUGCACACUGAUGUGGGAGAUAUUAAAAUAGAGAUAUUCUGUGAGCGAACACCUAAGGCCUGUGAAAACUUCCUGGCUCUUUGUGCUAGUAACUACUACAAUGGCUGCAUAUUUCAUCGGAAUAUCAAAGGAUUCAUGGUGCAGACAGGGGAUCCAACAGGCUCUGGGAAAGGAGGUAACAGCAUUUGGGGCAGGAAAUUUGAAGAUGAAUACAGUGAACACCUAAAGCACAGUGUCCGUGGUGUCGUUUCCAUGGCAAACAAUGGCCCAAACACCAAUGGAUCUCAGUUCUUCAUUACAUAUGGCAAACAGCCACACCUAGAUAUGAAGUAUACUGUCUUUGGGAAGGUAAUUGAUGGUCUGGAGACCCUAGAUGAGCUGGAGAAGCUCCCGGUGAAUGAGAAAACCUACCGACCUCUUAACGAUGUUCACAUUAAGGACGUCACAAUUCAUGCCAACCCUUUGGCUUCAUAGACAUAAAGUGCCUGGACAGAUUCCUGAGAAGCUGGUCAGACUGACUGCUAAUCAUAGUAUUGAAGUGACACUAAAAAGGUGUCAAUUUGGAUCAGACCUUUACUGCUUGAAUGCAGGAUUUUCAGGAGCUGACAGAAUCAGUCAGGGUCCAAAGGGGUGCCUCAAACUGGCUCUUCUAGUUCUAGCUAUUCCAGACAAUCUGCCAAGGCUCUGAUUGUGAACUUUUAGUUUACUUUUUGUACAUUUAAGAUAAAGGGGAAAGAAUCUUUUUAAAAAUAUAUUUUUUUCAAUCCUU